AUGCUCGAGCGUGACCCAGUCACUGGCUAUGUCUUCAUGAAGACAUUCAAGCCGAGGUCGGAACGGGAUCAGAACCAGCUUCUCGCAGAUGCGCCGCGAGACCCGAAGUUAAGAUCGAUAGAAGAGCUCCAGGACCGGGAGAGGAUUCAUCCAAAAACGAAAACCGAGCUUGGACAAACACCGCCGUUUCUUCGGGUCGGCCCUUUGGAUUCCAUCCUCGUCCCCGGCGAACAAGACGCUCAGAGGGAUCAGCCUCCCUCAUGUCCUAAUGCUGGAGACGACCGCGCGGUAGCUGUGCUUGUACCUGGGGACUUCGGAACUAUCAUCAACGCCGAGUCGCCCUUGAUGAACCAGCUCUUUCAGUUAUGCCAACAUGCCGAGAUCCGUUGUUGCGAGAACCUGGUGUGCUCCGAGAAGCGCAGCGAGCUGGAGAAGCUUGCCCCUCAGUGCGACUGGGCCCCCUUCCGAAACUGGGCAUUGCAGCUGAUGGCCUGUCAGCUGACCAUGAUCGACCAGGGCAACUUCACCAGGCCCGUUCUUCGCAUGUCCCAGGUCGUGACGUCGUGCCAUUUCUUCUUGGUCGACGCGGGAAGAACUGUCACCAAGAUGCCGUCUGCAAAGCUCGCCGGGCCAGGCAAGACCACACACACUGUCGACGCCUUUGGUGCAUUCGAGACCAUAUAUUGGAUGAUGACGAUCGAGCACCCCCUCGGGCUGCUCCACAUCAUCGAACAGACAUGGGAUCCCAGCUUCCUCCCUGGCGCCAUCACGGACCCGGCGAUCACCAAGGCGUCUCAGAGGGCAGCCGGGGCGGGCAUCUGCCCCAACCGAUUCUGGAAUCUCACAGUUGCCAUGGAGCGGCAGCACCUCGACCUCCCCGCCAUCGCCCAGGCUGCCGCUCGGCACCCUCAGCUAAAGCACCAGGGUCACGAGACAUGCACACCGGCAUUCUGUACCUUCACCGUCCUGGAUAGCACAAGGGUGAAGCAGUGCCACAAGUGCUCCGGGCUCGAAGAAAAUCCUUGCAAAAGGGAGGGGAGGCAGCUGUUCUUUGACCCCGAAAAGCUCGACGGGUCGAUCCGGGAUCAAAAUCGCACUGUCUGGUCAACCGUGUCGGACGAGCCCGAAGUGUCCCAAGAGGGCCCCUACGUCGCCAUCUCGCAUGUAUGGUCCGACGGAACCGGUGUCGGCCUGCAGGCUGCCGGCAAGGUAAACGAGUGCCUGUUUCGGUUCCUAGCCCGCAUCGUCGAAAGGCUGGGCUACGAUGCCAUCUGGUGGGACGCAAUCUCAAUUCCCAAAGACCCCAAACUGCGGCAAGAGGAAAUCAACAAUAUGCACCGCAACUACGGCGAGGCCGGGUGUACCGUGCUCCACGAUAACUAUCUCCUCGAUUUUGAGUGGGCUGACAACAGCGAAGGGCCCUGCCUCGCCCUGAUCUUGUGCCCCUGGUUCACCCGCGGCUGGACCGCGCUGGAGCUGAUCAUGUCGAAGGCCGUCAAGGUGCUGUACAAAAACCCCGAGGCGGGCGGCGAGCCGCUUAUCAAAGACCUGGACGAAGACAUCCUCGCAAAGGACCCCGCUCACUGCACGCGGGCGCACUGGAUCGCCUCGACCAUUAUCCGACGUCUGCGACGCGAGAUACGCAACGUGAGCGACCUCGCCGCCAUCCUCAAGCCGCGAAGCACGUCGUGGGCUCGGGACCGCAUGGUCAUUGCUGGCUUGCUGGCCAAGGUCAAAGCUGACUACACAAUGGCGACUCACGAGGUCACCAAGGCCAUCAUCGAUCGUGUUUGGAAUCUGAACCCGGCCAGCCUGCUCCAUGGACAACCCACCAUUGCCACCUCGGGAGGGUGGUCGUGGUGUCCGCACUCGCUGUACGACAUGCCCUCGGUCACGGUGGGCGACCUGGCUGAGACGGGAAAACACCUGGUAGGGGACAUGACAUGCGUGGUGGAUAAGGACGGCAUAGCCUCGGGCUGUUGGCAUUGGCGAGCGCUGGAGGAGGCAGACACGCGACACGAUCUCCUCAUACCCAACUCGCAGCACCAAUCCGUCUCGCCCGCCAUACGGGACGCCAUUCGCGACUGGGAGCACUGCAUGCUUCUGCGAGACUCCAACAUGGACGGCGGUCUCGGCUUGAUAGUCAAGCCGGCCAAACGCAGGGGCGAUUUCAUUCCGGCCCAGUACGUAGGCAGCGUGCGCGUGCGCGAGUCGCCGACCAAGCUGCAGGGGACGCAAGUCGACGAGCGUUAUGACUUUGACUGGUUCCGCAUCGGGGAGGUCGUCAACAGGGUGAGAAAGGCGGCCGAGUUCUCCAAGAAGUCUCACAAUCAACGUCGAAUUUCAAAAUCGAGUCAAGACUGCAGCUGGGUGGCCGGGACGGGGAAUCUGUGGCUAGGUGAUCACCCACAUGAAGGGCAGCUUCUGAUUGCCCGCUACCUUCGGGAGGAAGGCGUCGUGGAAGGACUCCGCUUGGUCAUCUCAGGCGACCAUAAGAACAAGACUUACACACUGCUGCCUGCGGAGGAUCCUGUUUUCCGCGUGAGUGCUGAUUCCGGCAACAGCGUGCAAGGGGCAGGGAACGAUUCGGCUUCCCAUUUCGGCGGCCUACGGGUUCGACCGGUAAAGUACCAGGAGCAGUGGCCCCCCGAGCCCAUACCGGCCUUCGGCAGAGUAUACCGUUCCGACGCUGUGCCGGCGAUGAACAGUUUCAGCAUUUUCAAGCUCAAGACGGGUAGCAAGGAAAGCACUCUAUACUCGCUCAUUAUCCAGCAAUACCUCAUACCCAACGUGAAGCAGCCGUUCGGGGGGAUCUGGAUUUGUACGUGUCUCACGCCCCUUCACCCGCUGGGACCCUCCUUCUCAACCUUCUGCCUGCUAACUGUUAACUUCUUCAUGUAG